AUGAUGAGCAUGGAGUCGCCUCUGCGAUUAGAAGGUCCAUCUAUCCCUGUCAAAUUGGUUAUAACCAUCUUGACUUUCAUCAAGUUCCUGCGCUCUAAAUACAUGAAGCUUCGUGGAGAUCCUUAUCAUGCGAUCUUGUAUAAGCCCCAAGUUGUCCACAUUCACUGUACCCGUUACAUUAUAUAUAAAGCUUGCUUUGAUCCCCAACAUCUAGCUAAAGCGAUUCACGAGCCUACUACGCCUUGCGCAAUGAAUGAGCCUAUCCCGUGGAAGCAGGCCGUACGUCUCCAAGCUCCCUUCGUCGCAGGCAGUGCCAUUGUGCUUAUUAUCUUUCCAUUGCGCGAGCCACAGCUUGAGUCGCGAUCCCUUCUCGCGCGCCUCGCUUACCCAAUCAACUCGGCAGAAACCGUCCUAGUAAUGAAGAACCUUUCCAAUCUCGAGCCAUUCUGA